CAGCUCUGGCACUCUGAGGACUCUACCUCCAGGCUUCUCCAGUCUCCAGCAGCACCACACAGUCAGACAAUGCCUUGCUUCCCAGAGAGGAACCUGCAGAGAGCCUGGAAAUGAAAAAAAUCAAGACUCAUCAGACCAGGCAACAUUUUUCCAGUCUUCAACAGUCCAAUUUUGUGGCAGCUCCUGAUUUACUGGACCCAAAAGCAGCUGCUCAGAACAGCAAACCAAGGCUUUCCUUCUCAGCCAAACCCACCAUAUUGUCCACCCGGGAAUUGAGGGACAUCACAGUGAAUGUGAUGAAAUGGAAAACCGUGUCUACGGUGUUCCUCGUGGUUGUCCUGUACCUAAUUAUCGGAGCCACAGUCUUCAAAGCCCUGGAGCAGCCCUACGAGACUUCCCAGAGGACCACCAUUUUGAUUCAGAAGAAUAACUUUGUAUCUGAGCACUCUUGUGUGAAUGCGACCGAGCUGGAGGAACUGAUUCAGUAUUUUCACUCUCCAGGUUUUGGGAACAUCUCGCCAAAAACAAAAGGUGGAAAAAUCUUCUGCAUUAUCUAUGCUCUUCUUGGAAUUCCUUUGUUUGGCUUCUUACUGGCUGGUGUUGGAGACCAACUAGGAACUAUAUUUGGCAAAGGCAUAGCACGAGUGGAAGAUAUCUUCGUAAAGUGGAAUGUAAGUCAGACGAAAAUUCGGAUCAUCUCAACCGUCAUCUUCAUUUUGUUCGGAUGUAUACUGUUCGUUGCCAUCCCAGCAAUCAUUUUCCAGCACAUAGAGAACUGGCAUACAUUAGACGCCUUCUACUUCGUGGUCAUCACUCUAACCACAAUUGGCUUUGGAGAUUACGUUGCCGGUGGUUCGGAUGUUGAGUACCUUGAUUUCUACAAGCCUGUGGUCUGGUUCUGGAUCUUGGUGGGCCUUGCCUAUUUUGCUGCUGUGCUUAGCAUGAUUGGCGACUGGCUCAGGGUGCUUUCAAAAAAGACCAAGGAAGAGGUUGGCGAGUUCAGGGCGCAUGCUGCUGAGUGGACAGCAAACGUCACCGCAGAGUUCAAAGAGACCCGGAGACGACUAAGUGUGGAGAUCUAUGACAAGUUUCAACGGGCUACCUCUAUUAAGCGAAAGCUAUCCGCAGAGCUUGGUAUGAGUCCAAGUCAGGAAAUGACUCCUUGCAAGAGAACCUUAUCCGUCAACCACCUGUCCAGCGAGAAAGAGGUGCUGUCCACUAUGACGAAGAGCGACAGCAUGUAUCUGAAUGGCUUGACUCCGCACUGUGCUUCUGAAGAGAUCGCCAUCAUCGAAAACUUUAAGUAGCUCCACCUACCGACUUCACUAUCGCCUAAAUACUACAUUUGCCAUAAUUAAGACUACCAGCAUUUUUAAAGCCUGCAUGAGCUCGGAAAAAUGACAUACAAAGACCACCAAAUCAGUACUGUUACAACUAUCCAAUAUGUAGUUAAAAAAAACUUAAAUUCUACAACGUCUGAUGCCUUUUGGUGCCCAGACUGUUUUCAUUUUCUUUUCUAACGUGCCAUAAAUACAUGCAAUGUUAUAUAAUAUAAUCAUAAUAAUUUGGCAAGAAAACAAAAACCUACAAAUUGGGAUGUGACUGGCAAGUGGAAGAGACGGUCCGUGGACUAUGUUUUUGUAACUGGAGAAGUCGUUAAACGAGAUACUGUACAGCCUUUAACCUAAGAAACUUUCGAUCAGUGCCUUAUAAUGCAUAGACACACAACCUCCAUAGCUUAUUUUUUUAAUUUAGGCCUGAGGAAUGUAUUUUAUCGGCAAAUCCAUUUUGCUUGAAGGAGGCACGCAAAUGGUGCCUCAAUGCACUUGUCAGGAAACGAUGGAAGAUGUUUGAAACUUUAAGGUCACAUAAGUCCUUAGUGGAAUGUUAAAGACCUGGAAACAAAAAUUUUUAGGUUUAAUUUUUCCUUUUUUUAUAUUGCUAAAAUAAUUGUUGAACUUAGCCUUGGUGAAGAAUCAUGGUGUUUUUAUCAAUGCCAUGACCUAGUUAGAGUCGACAUAAUACAUGUCAUAGAGGCAGACAAAGAAAAGGAGAUCCUAACUUACAUUGGCUCUUUGCGCCUUCCUCAUUGGCGUUUACCUUUGGAUUCUCAUGGGCGUGAACCUUUGGUUACUCUUGGGUCUGAACCUUUGGUUGCUUAUGAGCAUGAACCUUUGGUUGCUCAUGGGUGUGAACCUUUGGUUGCCCCUCUUCUCCACAGUUUUAGGAAAGAGAGGGGAAACUGGCCCAAAUCUCACAUUGUCUUUCUUAACUACAAAUAAGGGAGCGAGUGAAGGAGUAAGAUGCCCCCACUUUUGAAGGUGACUUGACCCUUUAUGUAAACCCCUUGAACAUUUUAACAAAGAGGGUUUUUAUAAAAAUCAUACACGUAUGAUGAGAUCCAUGACCAACCCCUGUGGAGAUGGCCAUUUUUGUUAAGGUUGAACGAGUAUCGUUAUGCCCUGAUGCCUCAAAGUUUGGCCCCUAAAAUGGCCGUCUACAUUGAGUUUGGGUUAUGAUGGGUCCACUUCAAUGCGCUGAGCUGGCAUUCUUACCAGUUUUUUUUUUUUCUAUUUUAUACUGGAAAGUAUAGUGGUGCAAUUUAAGGGGCAGCCUUGGACUAAAAGGUCUGACUCUUGACCAAUAAUAAUAAAACAAUGAAAUUAUUUGUAAUGUUCUGAAAAGUUGUUAAAUUCGUUAACAUGUUAAAGGAGUAGUCUGAGUUCCAAAUUUUUGGGUGGCAAACUGCAGGGAGGCAGUUACAAUAAUAAGUAAAACACUUAUACUCACCUUCUAGAAUCCCCUCCAACUCAGCACUGCCACUCUGUCCUCUCCUUCAUUUCGGCAUACAGGACAGAGCGGUGGCACUUUAUCAGAGGCUGCAACGGAAGGUAAGUUUAAGUGGUUUUUAUUAUUAUUAUUUUAACUGCCCCCCCCCAAAAUAAAAAAUUUGGAACUUGGAUAGCCCCUUUUAAUUUAAGCACAUAGGCUCAGUAAUAUAAUUUUUAAGUCUAUUGUAUAUUAUCAGGGAGCACAGUAUCAGUAUAAAAGUGACCACAAACUGAAAAUUGUAGUAGAUUAAUUGGAACGAAAAUACAGUUUGACAUAUAAUAUCCAUAACUACUUAAAGGGGGUGACCACUUUCUGGUUACUG